AUCGUAAAAGCAUUCGUCUGGUCUGAGACUCGAUCAAAUGGGUUGUCGCCGAUUUUCUGGUGGAGGACACCACCCAGGUGGCGGUCCGCCUCCGCACCAUCAUCGUGGUGGUCAUCGCAGAGGUAGACACUGUGGACAUGGACAUCCGCCUCCACCACCCCAUCAUCCUCCUCCUCCACCCCACCAUCGUCCCCAUGGCCAUGGUGGUCACUUUUGGGAUGGAUGUGGUCCUUCUCCUCCUCCCCCGCCCCAUUAUCCACCUCCUUGGGGAUAUCCUUAUGGUGGUCAUUAUUGGCAGGGAUACCCACCGCCGCCACCACCUCACCACCACACACAACCUACUGGGCCUCCAGGUGGAGGGUGUCACCAUUGUGGAUGUCCAGGUGGUGGUCCACCUCAGAGUGGACAUCCCGGGAUCGAAACACCCCCUGGCGAAAUCCCGAACAACGAUCAACAUGGUAAUAAUGCUUCCGGAAACACAGAGCACACACAAACCCCAAAUCCUGAUGUGGAAGUUCCUAGUAAUGAGAUGCCCGGCAAGAAUAAAUACGAGAUCAUUGAUCUUAGGAAUCCAUGAUUCUAGCAAGUUCAUAAAAUGCAUUUAUUAAGCUAAG